GUGUCUAAUUCAGUGGCGGAUUCUCUUUCUCGUUUACAGUGGGAGCGGUUUCGGCUUCUUGCGCCAGAGGCGGAACCGGAAGGUCUGGAGUGUCCGCCGUGGCUGUGGGGGAUCCUGGAGGAGAAGUGAUGGGGAUGUUGAGGGAUUCGUUGAGCCCGGGUACCUGGAGGGAGUAUGGUCGGACGGAGGCGGCUUUGGUAUGGAUUCUGGGGCACUCCUAUGUGUUCUGGGGUGCGAUCAGAGCAGAUGUAAGGCCGAGUGGGCGACAGUUGGGUUUUAGUCCGGAGUGCGCUACGGUCAGGUGGUUAGGGGUUAGAGGUAUGUUGUGGGGUGGUGUUUUGCGGGAGGUGCAUCAUUUCGUGCGAUUGGAUCGCCCUCCGGAUGUGUUAGUUUUACAUGUAGGGGGGAAUGAUUUGGGUAAGCGUCCUUUUAGGGAAUUGGUCCGUGACGUCAAGUUUGACUUGCUCAGGAUUUGGGAGUUGUUUCCGGGGAUCGUAACAGUUUGGUCAGACAUUGUGCCGCGGAAGGUGUGGAGAGGUGCGAGGUCAGUGGAGAGCCUUAAUAAGGCGCGGAUUAAGGUGAACAGAGCAGUUGGCCGGUUUAUGGCAAGGAAUGGCGGUGUGGUGGUGCGGCAUGAGGUGUUGGAGAAAGGCGAGGGUGCAUUUUGGAGAGCAGAUGGAGUGCACCUGAAUGCGGUUGGUACGGAUUUGUGGGCUCUGGGGAUCCAGAGUGGUGUUGAAAUUGCGUUGCGGGUGUGGAGGGACGCGCAGGGUUGAGGUUGUCAAGCUGCGCGUUCUUG